AUGAGGCGGCUGCUUGUACAGAUUCUCUGCGUCUCUCAGGUCCUGCUCUGUGCUGCUGACUCUCCUCCACUGAACGAGGACACGCUGAGAGAGCUGUCUGCAGCAGGAGAGCAUUUCGUUGAUGAGGAAAUAAAGCGAGCCGUCCUCGGGGUGAAGCAGGUGAAGGAGCUGAUGGAGGAAAAAGAGGAGAAGUACACACAUUUUAUGGACGCCCUGAGACAGAGCAGUGACAAGAAGAGGGGGGCGACGCAGCUAGCCCGGGAAACCGAGCAGAAACUUGAGGAGGCUGAGAGGCAAUGUCAAGAUUUAACCAAAUCGUCCUUCGAGGAAUGCCGGCCGUGUCUUGAAGUUGCUUGUAAGGACUUUUAUACCUCUACAUGUCGCCGCGGCUUCACCUCCUUCUCGUUUAAGUUGGAGGAGUUUUUCAAGACGCUCGCCGCCCAGCUGGAAGAUACAGAUCGUUAUUAUUAUCAGAAUGAGGAGAAUGUGGGUCACGCAAACUUGGCCGAGAACUACCAGGUCACAGGAGAUGAAGCCGAUCUUCAGCAGAUGGAUGCAUCCUUCGGCCAACUGCUUUCAAGAACCAACUUCCUGUUCAAUCAGAGCGUCACUGUGGUAGAAAAGAUGCAACAGGUGUUCAGCGAAUCCUUCCUGUUGGCAUUCACUGCAGAGCUCCACCCCGGUCCUCUGUCAUCCACGCAGGGUGGCUCGAGUCUUGGCUUCUUCAGGACUCUGGGUCUGGAUCACCUCGUUGAUUCGGUGUAUGACUUUGGGAGGAAUGUGAUGGGGGAAAUCAGCUCCUCGGUGGCUGAUGUUUUUGAAGAUGUUCAAGGAGAGGAGGAGAACUCUCAGCAGCCAAACAGAGAACCAGGAUUCCUUCCGGCUUUGGAACAGUUACAGAGCCGACACCUGUGCAGACGUCUCCGCAGACAAACAUCAGAGUGCCUGCAGCUCCGAAGUUGGUGUGUGACGUGUAAGGAAUAUCUGUUCAAAGAGUGUCCCAUCGUCCAGCAGCUGCACUCUGAGGUGGAGGAGAUGCACCUACUUCUGAACGCCUCCCGUGAGCAGUACGACGACCGGCUGCAGCUGGUGCGCAGGCACACGGUGGACACACAGACAUGGCUCAGCAACAUGGAGGACAAAUACCGCUGGGUCAGCCGCCUAUCAGACAGCACAGAGGGCCCACACAACAUCUUCAGUGUCAUCACAGUGAAUCAGCAGCAGCAGAUGAAGACCAUCAGACCUAAAGCUGACAGCAGUGUGACUGUAACUAUCCUGGACUCAGCACCGUUAACUGUCUCAGUCCCAGCAGACCUGGAGGUGGAUGAUCCUGCUUUUAUCCAGUACGCAGCUCAGGAAGCUUUGACGCUCCAUAAACGACAAAUACGAGGUAUUGAUCACGCCAGGAUGAAGGCUUCGUUAAUUAUUUUGUCCCUCAGCAUCAUCUUGCAAGAGCUCCAAACUGAAAUGAAGAUAAAUGAGUUAUUAUGA